CAGGAUUUUUGGAUAUUUUUAACAAGUAAUAUUUUUCAUAAAAAAUGGCGGUUGGUAAAAAUAAAAGACUUUCUAAAGGAAAAAAAGGGAUUAAAAAGAAGGUCAUAGACCCAUUUACUCGUAAAGAUUGGUAUGAUCUUAAGGCGCCGUCUAUUUUUGAAGUUAGAGAUAUUGGAAAAACAUUGGUUAAUCGUACGACGGGGCUUAAGAAUGCAAAUGAUUCAUUAAAAGGACGAGUUAUUGAAGUUUCGUUAGCAGAUCUGCAAAAAGAUGAAGAACAUGCUUUUAGAAAGAUUAAGUUACAAAUUGCAGAAGUUCAAGGAAAAAACUGUUUAACGAACUUUUACGGGAUGUUAAUGACGUCGGAUAAGCUUCGAUCACUUGUUAGAAGGUGGCAGACAUUAAUUGAAGCACAUCAAGAUGUGAAAACAACGGAUGGAUAUGUUUUACGUUUAUUUGUGAUUGGAUUUACAAGAAGAAGAGCUAAUCAAAUCAAAAAGACGACGUAUGCACAAAGUUCACAAAUACGACAGAUUAGAAAAAAAAUGUUUGAAGUAAUUCAAAGGGAGGCAUCAUCGUGUUCAUUGAAGGAACUUGUGCAAAAAUUUAUUCCGGAGGUAAUUGGACGAGAAAUUACUAAAUCUACGCAAGGAAUAUAUCCUCUUCAAAAUGUAUUUAUUCGUAAGGUCAAAAUCCUUAAAGCGCCCCGUGUUGAAAUGUCACGUCUUUUGGAGCUACAUGGGGAAUCAAUUGAAGAUACGGGUCUAAAAGUAUCAAAAGAUUUUAAAGAACCGGAAAUUUUAGAUUCAGUUUGAUGGUAAAAAAAAAGAGUAUAUUUAGUAACAAAUAGUUAUAAUA